AUGGGUAAUCAGACUAAUUUGAUCAUUUCAUAAAUCAAUUAUUAAGUUCUUGAUAAUAGCCUAAAUUUAAACCAGCCUAUAAUCUUCUCUUUUGAAAAUAAAGGUAAUAUUAUUUAAAUGCUAUAAUCAACAAAUUCAAGCAGAAUUUUUGCUAUUUUUGCUAACGAAAUAUUAGAGAUUGAUUUAAUUGCGCAAACAUUCUCUACUUUAAUACUUUAAUAAUCUAUUCAAAAAGUAAAAAUAAUAACAUCAUCAAAUGAUUUAAUUACCCAACAUUUAAUAAUUCUAACUGGGUAAAGCCUCCUAGAUUAUAACUACAUUACAAAAUAAUCAAACCUAAUUUCAAAUGAAAAUCAAAUAAUUUCAGAUUUUGAUGUUGGAACCUUCACUGGAACAAAUAGUCAGCUAAUUGUUCUCUCUAAUCAAAUUUAGCUAAUAAUUUACAAUUUUGCAAACAAUUAAUAUUAAUAAUCAUAGCAAACUUUUUCUUUGAAUUUUUAAUGUCAAUUUUUAAAGAAAAUCCCUUUAAAUUUUGACCCUCAUCAAGAAAACGAAUCAUAAAUGGUAUUUGAAAUUGUUUUAUUUUCUUAGAACUCAAUUUAAAUAAUUAGGAAUAGCAAUGUUUAGGAAUCCUCUUUGGAGUUAGAUAUCAUAGAAAAUUUCAAUCUACCGUUUCCCACUCCUUCUUCUUAAACCAAUUCAGUAGCCCUAACUUUCUCUCCAUAACUAUUAAUAUCGUGUCAUUAAAAUGGAGAUAUUAUUUUUUAUGAUGCGUCUAGAGGAAUUAAUAUUAAUCUUAUUCAAAAAUUGAGUUUUUAGAAUUAAACAUGCCUCGAUUUAUAGAAGUUUCAUGAUAACAGAAUUGCAGCACUUAUGGGCUAAAAUAUUUUAUUAAUUGAUCCUCAAUAACAAAUUAUUUUAAAUUAAUUUACUAAUUUAACUAACAUUAUUUAGAUCGUAUCAAAUUAUGAUAAAUUAGCAAUUAAUUAUAAUAAUUGCAUUCAAAUUGUCACCUCUGAAUUUAAAACCUUAUUUUUGGAAUGCUAGACUAUUUUUUCAAGUAAUAAUUUAAAUAUUGUAUUGAGCUAUGAUUCAAGAGUUUUCAUUUAAAAAGCUUAAGAAAUUUCAAUAUAUUAAAUUAAUUUUGAAAGUUAAUAAGCAUCAAAUAUAAAUUAAAUAUUUACAACAAAUUAGAUUUAAUACUUUAAUAGAAUACAAAUUUUUAACUCUGAUUAAGACACAAUAUUAAAUAAAUACUCUAUUGACGAAAUAGUGUAUUUUGACGCAUAGAGUAAUUUUUACAUUUUAGAUGGAUAUCUUUCAAACAGCUAUGUAGUGAAAAUUAGUUUGCUAAAAAGGGUUGUUUCUGUUAAAAGAGUAAUAAACGAUGCAUCUGUUUACUUUUUAGCAGGCUUUUAAUUAGUUUAAGGCAACAAUAGCAUUUUUUUAGUAUCCAAAAAUUUAAGUUACUCUCUUUUAAUUCAUACUAAUAAUUAUUUCCCAUCAAUUGAAGAGCCAAAAAAAAUAAUAAACGCAUAUGGAAAUGUGUUUUAUGGCUUUACGAGAACUAUUUUGCUAAGCACUUCCACUCUUUUCAAAUAAUUCUAAGUAGAUAUUAAAAGAAAUAUUACAUAUAUUGGAGGUCAUGAUCAUAUUAAUAUUGGUUUAGCAUCAGGAUCUGCUUACAAAAUGAUUGGAUCUCCUUUAAACUUUCAAAUCUACUAUGGGAGUUAGUUAGGCUUGAUUUAUACUGGUAAAUACUAAUAAAAUAGGUACCAAGUAUUACCAACAAAUUAAAUAUUAUAAUAGAAUAAUAAAAAUGAUUAAAUACUAGAAAUUAUUUAAAGCGCGAAGCUAGGAAUGUAUUUUAUUAGAACCAAAUACUAAAUAACAUCUUUCAAUUUGUUCACUAAUCAGUUUGUUGAAUAAAUAAUUCCAUAAAUUUCUACUGACCCACCAUUUUCUUCAUUUUUAUUAAUUUAGGAUUAAUAAAGUCUUGUUUGUUGGAACUAAAACUAGUUACUUGUUGUUGCUUAUAGUAAAAAAUCGUAGAAAUUCUACUAUAAAGGAAUGAAUAAAAUAAAUGGCUGGAUUUUUAAUCCUUCUUCAAAUACAUUUUAUAUAUAUGGAAGCAGCUUUCAAAUACUUAGUUCUGAUCUAAAAAUUUUAUAAACUAUUCCUGAUUAAUAUAAAAAUAUAUCAUUCUUGUAGUGUUAAGACACACAAUUCAUUUAAAUUUGUAGUAUUUCAAAUAGUUAAUUUGUUAUAAUAAAUAAGCUUGCUGAUUAAAUAUCUUUAUAAAGUAUCUAAAUAAACGGUUUUACAAGCUAAUAUAAAAUAUCUGUGGACGAAUAAUUCUAAAAUAUAUUUUUUUACAAUCAGUAAGUUUAAGUAUAUAGCUUUAAUGGAGUAUAUAAACUAGGUUAUAAAUUUAAUACUUAAUUUAUUUCUUUUAGUAUUGCAGCUAAUCGCCUUAUAUUCCAAUCAUCUUCAAGUAUAUAUUUUAUUGAGAGAGCAUCGUUGAAUCUUUAGUCUAAUUAUAUUUAAUCACCCUCAGACAUGCUUAUUGUGAACUAUAUUUAUAUAGAUUUCUUGUAAUAAAUAGUUUUAUAUGCCAAUUUAAGCACAUUUGCAUAAAUAUAUAUCUAUGACUCACUGUCUUUAUAAAAUACUGCAAAAAUAAAUGCUUCUUCUUUUGCUUCAAACUUAGUAGAUAGCUAUGGAAAUAUAUAUACCUAUAACUUAUACACUGAUUUAUCAGUCAGAAGUAAUUUUAAAAUUUCAGAAGUAUUUGAUGGAACAGAAUAAUUAGUUAACUUUUCAUAUGACAAUAUUACUAAUAAUCUAAUAGUCUACAGCAUUAAUACCAUAUAUCAAAUUGAUUACAGUCUAAUAGGGUAUUUCUAUGAAGCAUAAUUAAAUGAACCAAAUAAUUUGUAUACCACUAUUCCAAUAAAUAAUCAAGAUUAGAAACUAGAAUUUUUAUUUUUCAACAGUGAUAAUGUUAUGUUCAGGUAUUCAAAAUACAGUCUAAUUUUUGAAAAUAUUAUAAACGGUUCUUAAAUAGUAGAUUCUAUGUACUAUUUUUCUUCUGAUACUUUAAUAAUAGCAUAAAAAGACUAGAUUAUUUUCUAUCAAAAUUACUAAAAUUCAAAAGACAAUAAUCUUAUACCUUAGAUGAAGAUUUUAUAAUAAAUUAAAUUCUUCAAAUUUUUAUAAUAUAACGUAUAUCUUACAUACGAUAAAAAAUUAAUUUACUGUAACAUCCUAACAGGAGAAGUAAUCAGCACUAUAUAGCUUGAAGCAUCUGUCAUAAUAACUUAACAUAUUUGCAGUAAAGACCAAAAUAUAGUUUUUAUUGGAUUAAGUAAUGGUUAGGUAUUAUAAUUUAAUUUGAAGGAUUUAAGUUAACAAUACUACUCUAUAUAGAAUAAAAAUUAAAUUAAUACUUCAAUAAUUUCUAUGAUUUUGUAAGAAACCUAAUAAUAAACUAAGACUGCUUACUUUGCUACUAACGGUGGUAGUUUGCUUGUUGUAGAUAUUAUCAACAAAAAUCUAUUAUCGGAAUAAAAUCUAACAUUUUUAGUAAUGGAAGAUGCAUCCAAUAUCUUAGUCGAUUUUGUGCUUGAUGUAAUGUACACAAGAUACAUUUUCAUUUUUAGUGGAUAAAAAAAGGCCUACACUUGGAAUUUCUCUUCAAAUUAACAAGAAUAGUUUUUGGCUCUUACAUAAAAUUAAGGAAAUAAAAUAAUGAUAUCAUAAAACUAUUUAAUAUCUUUUUGCCCUUUUUAGCUGAAUAUUUAUUUAGUUUCUGAUUAAAUAACAUUAAUGACAGUUAUCAAAAGAAAUUUUAUAAGUGACUAUAUCACAGAUUAUGAAUUAAUAAAUAAUAAUAUUAUUGCCAUCUUUUUUAUAUCUAAAUUUGAAGUUUUUUUACUUUAAAAUGGCUCUAAUAAUCUAAUUUAUUAAUAACAAUAUAACUAUCCAAGAUAUAUGGGAUCAAUUUACAAUCAAGCAGAUAAUAUUUUAACAAUAUUUGGGUUACAUAAAGGUGGAGUUUUUGAAAAUAAUUUUAGUAUAUCCAUGUACUAAAGUAAUGAGUAAUUAGAAUGUGCAAUUAUAAUUAAUGAUAAUGAUAUUUCAUAAUUAAAUCAAAAACUUUCAAAUGUAUCACCUAAAUAAAAUCUUGUCUUUACUAUAUAAGGAUCUUCUACCUAGAAUUAAUAAAUUUGGACUAAUUUAAUUUAUUUACAGGUGACAAAUGAGUAGUUCUAAAAUGUUAAUUAAUAUGUAUAAUAAAACUAAUUAAUUAAUUCAGAAUUAAUAUUUUACCCUUAAUAAAAUGAUAAUAAUUUCACUUUAAAUAAUUAAACAUUUUAAUACUUCUAAUUACCUACAUUGAGAUUAUUCAACUUUGAUUUCAUUUUUGAGGAAAAUUCUUCAUAGCAUUUAGUUAAUUUUAAUUAAAAUGUUUAAAGUAUUAUUUGGUAGAAUAUAAGCAUAUCAAACUAAUGCAUUUAAAAUAUUUAGAUUAACUUUUCUAAUGUUCAAAAAAUAAUACUAUAAUCAAUAAAAAUUUCUAAUUUAUAUACUUGCAAUAAUAAUAAUAAUAAUGUUAAUAAUAUCUUAAUUUAAGGAGUUAAAAUAACAAAUAAUUUAUAAAUAAAUUAGAUCUUCUAAUUCGCUUAAAUUGAUAAUACUACUAUUUCAAAUUUGAAUAUUAAGAAAUUCUAAAGCAAUUGUAUUUUUAACUUCUUUGGUUGCUAAAGAGUAUUUAUUUAUGAUUCUAUUUUUUAUAAUAAUAGCUAAAUACAGUUAAUAGAAUCAUUGAACUAAUAUAUUGACAAUGAUUAACUUACAGUUUUGUUUAAUGACAUAUUUAAAUUGUCAAAUUUAAAUUUUAGCUCAAAUUAAAAUCCUAGCCAAUAGCUUUUGAAAAUUUAAAAUUCUAAUAUUAUUUUACAAGAAAUAACUUACUUAUUAAACUAAGGUAUUUUCACAAUAAGUUCCUCUUAUAAUGUAUUAGUAUAUAAAAGUGUGUUUUCUAAUAAUACUGCUUAAAAUGGUGGAGCUAUUUCUUUUUCAAAUACAUAAAAAUGUAUCAAUUUCACUGAAUGCUUAUUUUAAAAUAAUACAGCAGAAAGCAGUGGAGGAGCUCUAUAUUUUAAAGAAAUAGGCUCUACUUAAAUAUUUUUUGAUGAAAAGACAAAAGUAAUACAAAAUUAAGCUUUAAUUGGAGGCGGAAUUAGAAUUGUUUAGACUGAAUCAGGUAAAAUCAUAUUACCACCAGGCUUUCCUUUUGAAAAAAAUAUAAAUUAAAAUAAGGCAAGUUUAUAUGGAGAUAACUCUGCUACUUAUCUUGAAAAAAUAUUAAUAUAAAAUUCUAAUGCUUAAAUGUCUUAAAAUAAUUAUGAAUUUAGAUUCUUUAAUGACAAUAGUAGCAUGCCUUAAAAUUAUAAACAAAACUACAUAUCUCUAGUUGAUAUAAAUUAGUUCAAAAGUGGUGGUCAACUUUCAUUAAAAAUAUUUUUGGUUGACAAUUAUAACCGUUAUCUUUCUUUUUCUUUACAAAAACUUAUAACUAAUUAAUAUCCAAAUGAUAUUUUAGAAGAGCUAAAAAGUAUUGAAGUUAUAAUCAAUAAUUUGGAUACAGAAUAAACAUAACUUAUUGGUGAGAGAAUUUUGAAUUAUAAUCAAUAUAAUAGCGAUAGUUAGUCAUUUGAACUUACUGGAUUAUAAAUUUAAGGAGUUUUAUCAUCUCAAUAAUUCUUUACGAUAAGCUCUAAUAUUUUAACAAGUUCUUAAAUACAAUUACCUACAGUUUUAUCAAUUUAUUUUAGAAAUUGCUCAGUAGGUGAAAUAAUUGAAGAAUAAAUUAAUUAAAUUAUGAUAUGUAAACUUUGCUAAUAAGGUACAUAUUCACUUCUAGAUCCUGAUUUAAUGUAUGAAUAGUCCCAAGAUCUUAAAUCUGGAGUAUAAAAUUAAUGUAUAAAUUGUCCAAAUUCUGCUUUAGAAUGUUAAGGCCCUAUGAUUAAGAUUAAAGAUGGCUACUGGAGAAAAAAUGAACAAACUGAUGAAAUUAUUGAAUGUAAUUCUUAAAUAGGGUCUUGCUAAGCAGAAAAUCCUUAAUCUAUAAAUUAUUGUAUUGAAGGAUAUGUAGGCCCUUUAUGUUAAGAGUGUGAUUAUCUGGGAGAAGUUUGGUAAUAAUUAAGAUACGGUGAAUCUAUGAAAAAAGGUAUUUGCUAAGAAUGCUAUUAAGCAAUUUAAAUAUUCUUAAUGCUGCUAUUAUUUAAGAUAGAUGAAACUUUUGCCUAUUUCUAAAAGCUCUAUAAAUGA